AAGAGAAGCGCGUCCGCCCAGGGCCCGCCAUCUUGUGCGGCAGCGAGCAGGGCGCGGGGGGCCCCGGUAGCAUCCGCGCAGGAUCCCGCCGACGGGGGCCCAUCAUGCCGGGACACCUGCAGGAGGGCUUCGGGUGCGUCGUCACCAACCGCUUCGACCAGCUCUUCGAUGACGAGUCCGACCCUUUCGAGGUGCUGCGCGCGGCGGAGAGCCGGAGGAAGGAGAGCGGCGGCGGCGGCGGCGGGAGCCAGGCGGGCGGCGGGGCCCGCGGCGCGGCGGGCGCGCAGAGCGGCUCCUCGGGCGGGGCCGGCGGCGGCGGGGGCCAGGCGGGCGGCGGCGCGGGCAGCGCGGCCAAGCAGCUGCGCAGGGAGUCGCAGAAGGAGCGCAAGAACCCGCUGCCGCCCUUCGCCGGCGGGGACCGCCGGGAGGACGGCGGGGGCCAGCCCGGCGCGCCGCUGCGGAAGGAGGGGAUAAGGAGGAUUGGCAGGAGGCCUGAUCAGCAGCAGCAGCAGCAGCAGCAGGGGGAUGGCAAACCCAUUGACCGGAGACCUGAACGACGACCUCCCCGGGAGCGCCGCUUCGAGAAACCCGCUGAAGAGAAGGGAGAAGGGGGAGAGUUCUCUGUUGAUAAGCCCAUCAUUGACCGACCCAUGCGUGGACGUGGUGGACUGGGCCGGGGCCGUGGCCGCGGCCGCGGGAUGGGCCGAGGAGAUGGGUUUGACUCCCGUGGCAAACGGGAAUUUGACAGACACAGUGGCAGCGAUAGAUCUUCUGUUUCACAUUCACAUUUCAGCGGCCUAAAGCACGAGGACAAGCGUGGUGGCAGCGGCUCACACAACUGGGGAACCGUCAAAGAUGAGCUCACUGAAUUGGAUCAGUCAGCUGUAACUGAGGAAACGCCAGAGGGAGAGGAGCAUCCGCCUGCUGAUUCUGAAAAUAAAGAGAAUGAGGUUGAAGAAGUUAAGGAAGAAGGCCCUAAGGAAAUGACCCUGGACGAGUGGAAAGCCAUUCAGAGCAAGGAUCGUGCAAAAGUUGAGUUCAACAUCCGUAAACCAAACGAGGGGGCUGACGGACAAUGGAAAAAAGGAUUUGUUCUUCACAAGUCAAAGAGCGAGGAGACAAAGGCGAUGACAGAAAUGCAGGGGAGUCUGCUGGAUUCAAAUGAGGCUCAUGCUGAGGACUCUGUAAUGGAUCAUCACUUCCGCAAGCCCGCGAACGACAUCACAUCCCAGCUGGAGAUCAACUUUGGAGACCUGGGCCGCCCCGGCCGCGGCGGCAGAGGGGGCCGGGGGGGCCGAGGGCGCGGAGGCAGGGCCAGCCGUGGAGGCAGGACUGACAAGUUGGUUAAGGAGUUUGACGUGAUCCACACACCCAACCAGUCAAGUGCUUCUGCUCCUGACGUAGAUGACCCAGAGGCUUUCCCAGCUCUGUCCUAAACUGGAUGUCAUAAGCCAACCCUGCCCUGGUCGGGCCCUCCUCUCCGAGGCUUGCAUGCUUAAGGAUCCUAAAACAACUAAGAAACUUAAAAAAGAAAAAAAAAAAAAGAGACUGUCAUUCAUACCAUUCACACCUAAAGACUGAAUUUUAUCUGUUUUGAAAAUGAACUUCUCUCGCUACACAGAAGCAACAAUAUGGUAGUCAGUUUUGUAUUUAGAAAUGUAAUGGUAGCAGGGAUGUUUUCAUAAUUUUUUCAGAGAUUAUGCAUUCUUCAUGGAUACUUUUUUGUAUUGCUGCUUGAAAAUAUGCGUUUCCAAACUUGAAAUAUAGGUGUGAACAGUGUGUACCAGUUAAAAGCUUUCCCUUCAUUUGUGUUCAUUUUUUUAAUUCAGGAUUUUAGACUUUUUUCCCCCAACUCCAGACUGGGUUUUAAGUCUUGCACACUAUUUCCAUAUCCUUAAUUCCUGUUUAGCAGAUUUUUCUCAGCCCCUGGUCUUUUGGAAUAUGUGGAAUACUAAUUUGGCAGACUGUUAGUGCUGUAUGGAAUGAACUCCUGGAGUACUUAAGUUUUAAUGCUUAAUUUCAAACAUGGAAAACCAGUAAUUUUUCAUCUCGUUUGGGUAGUUUGUUUACACUAAGCCUUUAUACAAAAUUGAUACCAGAUACUUGAAAUCAAGAUUGAAAGCACAUUGGUUUGUAGUUCAAUACCUGUAUUGACCCAGAAUGAUGUGUGGGUAACUGGCCUGAAAACCAGGUUUUUAAAAUUAAUGUAUCCCACCUUCA